AUGGCUUCCCAUGGACGUGAUCUGAGAAGAUUUGUCGAAUUUGGCCGAAAAAUUAUCGGCGUAGGGAAGAACUACAGGUUGGUGAUGUGUUGAGCAUAUAAAACAAAGUAAGAAGCACUAUUCAUUCUGUAAGACUUACUUUGUAAAAUGUUCAUGUAGGCCAAACGGAUCACCGCAGCAACCUCCUCCUGCUCAAGACCCCUUAAUCUUUCUCAAACCGUCGUCCACGUAUCUGAGACCAGGAGGGAAAAUCAAGGUAGGUUUUAAAAUUUCCUUGGUUAGGGUUUCAUGUGUUAAAACACAUGAACAUCAACUUACCUAAAAAUACUAAAUUCCCAGGAAAAAAUCCCGCGUACCAUAUUCCUCGAAUAAGCGCUUGGGCGAUUACUCGAGGGGGGCUCUUACUAAGUUCCCCUGUUGUAAUCAACCGUACCGUAGUCCCGUUAUACAGUUUACACAAAAAAAUCGAGCACAAAAUUUGCAUGGCACUUACUGGGCUCCAUAGAAACAGGUUAUCUUUGUAUCCCUACCAUUUAAGAAAGUGAUGGGGAGGGAAAGCCAGGGGGUUCUUUUAACAAGGUCUACAUCAGUUUACAUCUACAACUUUAAUCUAUAACGGUUUCCCAUUACAUAGAUAUGGUGAGUGCUUUCUUGAUAUUUUGGCCUAGAGGGUGGGUGCUUAUUCGGGGGAAGGAGCUUAUGAGAGCAUAGGCCCCUAUUCGAGGAAAUACGGUAUCCAGUGUGACAAGGCAUGUGACAUUCUCACCAUUACAUGUCAGAGAAUCCUAGCCACCAUCUUUACACUUUUACAUUUCUUGCACUGCAGUGGAUAUCAUCUGAGGUUUGUAAGCAAUAUCCUUUGCUUCUUAUGUACAAGGAGGGGGGAAUUGAUAUUCUGUAGGUUGCUGGGGUGAGUAAUAUGACUCUCGUUUUCAUAAAACUGGGGCUUAAAAAGGAUAGGAGGAUAAACUGAGGAACCAAAACAUUUAUUGGAAUCUCGCUAUCCUCAUAAAUUUCUUGAAUUUCCAAAUCCUACAUUCCCAAAUCCAUUGUCCUAUUGAUAGUUAUAUAUGUGUUAAUACCAAGUGUGAGGUCAAAGAUGGCUGGAUAAUGGCCAAGUUAAUUUGUUUGGGAGGGAGGUAUUAUGAUGGACUGAGACAAACACAAGGGCAACAAAAUUGUAAAAAAAAACAUAAGGCUAAUAUCCAGUCAUCUCAACCAAACAAGCUUGGUCAAUAAAGGAUUUAUCAUAUGGCCAAGAGAACUUUUUUCUUGUGGGACAAACAUCCUCUGUGGCCAACUUGCUUGCUCGAGUAGCCAAUCAGAAUACAGGAUUCACUUCAUCCUGCCCACCUGCAGAAGGAGCCAAUAACAAUUUUGUUUUCCAAAUCUUCCUCCCCUUUUCCCUCAAAAUCCUGAAUUCCAGCUUUCAAAUGAGGCAAAUUUUCCCCUGAGAACAGUCUUAUAUCUACACUGUGCAAAAUGUGGGUUGUCUUUGACUCUUUGUAGAUGUAAGCAUGCCUCCGAAUUGACUGUGUCCCUAGAUCUCCUUUGAUCCUUCAGAACCUUAAAAUACAAAGUCCAUUUUCAUGGUCUAUUUUUUUUGGACUUUGUUUCAUUUACAUUUUCAUUGCUUUGACAGAUUCCUGUAGGCUGUGAUCACAUCCACCAUGAAGUGGAACUUGGUGUUGUUAUUGGUAAAACAGGACUGAACAUUCCUCAGGCAGAGGCUAUGGACUAUGUUGGGGGAUAUGCCCUGGCUUUAGACAUGACUGAUCUUGACUUAAUUUUCAAAAGGGUAAGCUUUCUUUUUACUUAAGGAUGCAUGUAGCUGUGUGCAUUUGUUUCUUUCAAUGGUUUCUAACUAAAGGGACAAGUUGACAAGAGUGUGUUCUUUUUGUAUUUUUUGUUCUUCUGAAAUUUAAAAUUAGCUCAUUUAUUAGCCAAUUAUAGGUGGAAUUUACACACCUUCAUUGUUUGGACUUUGUUGUGCUCCCAAAGCUUGAUUUCUUUGUCAUUAUUCACAUUUACAACUAUUAAGUUAUUGUAGGAAUAAUUUGUCAGCCUUUAUUAGAAAUGUACUUGUGGACUUAGAAUUUUGAAAAAAAAAAUUCAAUUAUUUUCUCUAAAUAUUGAUCUACAGGAUGCCUCAUCUCCUAUCACCUAUCCAUGGGCUCUUGCAAAAGGUUUUGACACUGCGACACCUGUGGGUGACUUCAUACCUAAAGAUGAUAUUCCAAACCCUGAUAAUGUGCGACUAUGGCUCAAGGUGGAUGGUGAAAUGAGACAAGAUGGAAAUACCCAGGAUAUGAUUUAUAAAAUUCCUCAUUUAAUUAGUUUUGUUAGUCAAUACAUGACCCUAGAGGAAGGAGAUUUUAUUUUAACAGGGACUCCAGAGGGUGGUGCUGCUGUCCAAAGAGGCCAGGAGAUAUUAUGUGGUCUUGGGGAUAAAACUGAGCUAAAAUUUCCUAUUUCUCAGUAGAUGUGUUACUAAACUAAAAUUGAAAGCACCAAGGCCUUCCUGUAGGGCUUGAUGUGUAGAGUAUAUUUUUAAUCACAAAUAACAACCAUUCUUCAGGGGCGGAUCUAGGGGGAGGGUGCAGGGGGUGCGCAAACCCCCCCCCCCCCUGAGAUGACCUGCGGUUUUCUAAUAUAACUGGUAUUCUGCAAAAAAAAAAACAACUAUGUGGUUUAUUGGUGUUGAAGUAGAGCAAGAGACGAGUGCACCCCCUCCUAAAAAAAAUCCUGGAUACCCCCUGUUCUUAGUGUUUCUUAACCAAUCUGCCAAUGAAUUUUUCACCAAAAGAUGUCUUUUUAAGUAGUUAAAUUAGUGGCCCACAAAAGGAGAUACAAGAGAGAGGGAUGCAAAAUUUUCAGCCAACUGUAUGAACAUUGCAAGUUCCCCUUUCUUCAACUCUUUGCCGCUCCAUUGUGAAAUGGAGAGCUUGUUUGCAGGCUAGACAAAAGGAAUGAAAACUAUUCAAAUCACAAAUCAUCACCUUUCAAACCUCUCAUUGUAUGAGAGGUAUGCCAUUGUAUUACCUUGGAUCCACGUAUGUGUGCCAUGUUUUACUAUCAUCCAUGUUACAUGAAUUUCUCUGAGUUAGGAAACUUUUAAUGUAUAACAUUUUACCACUAGGGACAUAGACUGUUUUAUUUAGGAAGUAAUUCUUGGUUAACAGGGGAAGCAGCUAAUAAAUAACACGCAAAGCUGGCAGUUUUGUUUGUUGAGUGUGCAACUGAAUUGCAAAGCCACAAGGAGAAUUAUGGUGCACAGCUUUACUGCUCUUACACAUGUUUUCACAGCUUUUUUCGCCCUCUUACCAAACAAACCACCAACUAAGCAGGCUACUCACUGAUUUUCAGUCAUCAAAUCAGAAUCAAAGCUGAAACUUAAGCUAAAACAUACUUUUUAUAGGAAAUAUCUGUUCAGAGUUAUAGCAUUUGUUUUACAAUUUCUAAAAUAACUCAAUAUACUUGAAUUAAAACCAUCGGUUUUCAAAGUUUGAGCCUUAUUAUUACUUUUUGUUGUUGUUGUUGUUGUUGUUGUUGUUUUGUAACAACCUCAGAGCAUCCACAUUUUAAUUCAUAGGGGUAUGCAAAUCCGCCAAUCCGUUAUGAUUUAUUAACCAAAUCCACCCUUCCAUUUUCGCCCUGAAUCCGAAAUCCGGGCAAAAAUAUUUUAAUUACACGCAAAGUCCAAAAUCUUGGUCAAAAAAAUAGAUGAAUCCGCAAUCCGCUACAAUUGCAGGAUCCGGAAAUCCGUUAAAAUCUCGCUUUGAAUCCGAAAUUCGGGCAAAAAUAUAUUUUUUAAAAUCCGCCGCCAAUCCGUUCGCCUAUUCACCCGCUCCUUGGGCAAGAUUUCCAUGUAUUUAUGUGAAGACUCGACAGAUUCAUGUUAUGUAUGCAUAAUACAAUGUAUGGAACAGUGCGGAAAUCUUACCCUCACUUGUGAUGAGAUCAAAAGUUUACAUUCGAGCGGGUUUUUAAGGCGUUUUUAUGUAAACUCCAGUGUUAUUUUUUAGGUAUAGACCUCAAGCCAAGAGAAACCUAUGGACGUGAAUCCUUGAAUCACUAACUAUCAGCUGAACUUUAGUAGCCCAAAGCAUCAUCUUUUUCCAAUAAAACAGUGCAACCACAGGGGCGGAUCUAGGGGAAGGGUGCAGGGGGUGCGCCCCCCCCUGAGAUGACCUGCGGUUUUCUAAUACAACUGGUAUUCUGCAAAAAAAACUAUGUGGUUUAUUGGUGUUGAAGUAGAGCAAGAGACGAGUGCACCCCCUCCUAAAAAAAAUCCUGGAUCCGCCCCUGAACCAGAAUGCCCCCGUAAAUACAAAUUCCUGAUUUUUACUUCAAUGUUUCGUCAAGUUUUAAACCCUGCUAACGCGCUAUAAAUUCGUUUGCGAAGUCCUUGUUUCCAUUUUUUGGUUUAGAUUGUGCACAAAAACACAGGUCCCGAUUGUGCCUUCCUUUCGUAAACCUUCUGAAAAUUGAAAAAUGGUGCCCCUCUAUCUGUUAUUUUUUUCCCUCUCUAGCCAAAGAAACAAAGAAGCAAAAAAAAAAAGCCUGAUCUCAGAUUACCUUUCACGUAGCUCAACUCGUUAAGGUAUCACUUUGGGCGGAGCCACCCCAUAUACGCCAUCAUGGGAAGUACCCUCCACCACAGCCUUCCAAAACUCACUAAGCGAACGCUUUUUAAAAAUUAAUACUUCUGGCAACGCUGCUUAACAAAGCGAUUUAUAGGGUUCAUAUGGGAACAGUGAAAAUUCGAAAAAACUCGCCUCAUCUUUGCUUUAUUUCAUAUCAGGAACAGGAAGUUUGGGAAGUGAGGUAGGAACGCGUGACGAGCCUUUAAGAACGUCUGCGUUGGACCAAGAGGCUAAUAGUUGCCAAGAAGUGCCGCGACCCAGUUCGUUUUCCCGUCCAAAUAGACACGGAUAGUACAAGACUUUCCAUUGGGUAACGCUGUGUAAAAUAUAAGGCUCUUUUUGAUUGGUCAACCAGCUUCACCGAAUCCAAAAUGGCGGCCACACGCGAUCUUCGAAGAUUUACGGAGUUUGGGCGGAAGAUAAUAGGAGUUGGCAGAAAUUUCAGGUUUGGAAGUGAACUUUUGGACCUAGUAUUCCGGUUAGUUUUAAGUUUAAACUGUUUUCAUUCACGGCGUUCUUUCCAGGGAGCACGCAGCAGAGUUAGGAAACCCUGUACCAAAAACUCCCUUGAUCUUUUUGAAACCACCAUCCAGCUAUCUGCAGCAAGGAGGCAAAAUCAAGGUAAAUCUUAUUUCAAUAAUAUCAUUCAUCGUAAAGAUCAAGAUGUGUGUCGUAUAAUUCCUUAGCGUCACCUUCAUACCCAGCUCGACAGCCCCUUUUCCGAGCCGCGCGCAGGACCAAAACUUGUAGCGAUACCCCACGAAAUGUAAAAAUACCCAAACGUUUUAAAAGAACAAAAAUAGUUAAGUAAAGAGCAGGUGUACAAAGCAAGAGUAUGUCUACUUAAACCUACUAUCUGAAAUAUACCGAAUCAAAUCCCCAUCUCAAUCACCCCUCCCCCUAAGAAAAGGGGCUGGUGGCAGUGGCGUAUCCAGAUCUUUAGAUAAGGGCGGGGGCCGGACAUUUAGACCCUGAGAUAAGAGGGGGUCCGGUCUAAAAAUAAGGGGGGGCAGGCCCCUCCCCUGGUAGGUACGUAGGUAGGUAGGUUCUUUAUUUAAAACUCGGUAAAAUCUUCAGUAAUAAUAGAGUAAAAAUCUAAUUACAAUUAAUUAGACUAAAAACUAUCGACAUACUGUUUUACAAGACUGCCGAGUGAGAGUCCGACGACUCAAAUAGAUGAUUGAUUUGCUCUUUAAAUUUCCUUACUGUUUUAAUUUCUCUCACAUUUUCGGGUAAAGAGUUCCACAACAAAGCACCGCUGUAACUGAAACUUCGUUUGAAGUAGUUAGUACGCGGCCUGGGCAACGUCAGUUUAUGAAAGGAAUUGCGCAAAUCAUAGUCUGUGCUUCGUUCGUGAAAUAGGUUCUGCAAGUACAGUGGAGCUUGUUCAUUUAGAGAUUUAAACGUCAUUAUUGCUUUAUGCUUCUUUCUCCUUAUAACUAAUUUGUCCCAUUUGAGUAUAUCAAGAAGCAGGCUCGGGCUAGUCCCAUAGUUGGCCUUUAAAAUUACUCUAGCUGCACGGUUCUGUAACUUUUGUAAUUUGUCACUCAGUUGAUCACUUAAGCCAUCCCAAACGAGGCUACAGUAAUCAAAGUGAGGUUGAAUUAAGGAGUUAUAGACUAGUACCGAAGUAGAUUGGCAGAUAAGGGGCCUGAUACGUCUAAGGGCGCCUAUAGCCGAAGUUACCUUCUUACACAAUUCGUUAACAUGAUUAGACCAGGAAAGCCGAUUGUCGAUAAUGAGACCUAAUGAUUUUGCGUGAUCGACAUUGCUGAUAGCUUGGUCUUCUAGUUUGAUGUUUAUUUCGUUAUGGCUUUCCGCAAGAAGCUUCUGGCGAGAGCCAAUAACCAUAAACUCGGUUUUCGCAACAUUAAGACUAAGCUUAUUAGCUUUUAGCCAACAGUGAAGGUUCAGUAGUUCUAAGUUAGUCUCUUGUUCAAGGUCAGCUAGAGAGGAACCAGAAGUGGUAAUAGUUGUGUCAUCUGUGAACAUUUUAGCGCAUGCUGUAUUAAGGCAGUUUGGAAGAUUGUUUAUAUAGAUUAAGAAGAACAAAGGACUGAGAAUACUACCCUGUGGGACUCCGCAUCUUAGUUCGCUUGCACUGGACAAUACGCCAUUAACAUAACAUUUCUGGUUCCUGUUACCUAGGUAGGAGGCAAUGAAUCGUAGGGAACCCAGAUCAAGUCCAUAGUUUGCAAGUUUACGUAACAAAAUUGCAUGGUUAAUGGUGUCAAAAGCCUUUUUAAGGUCGAUAUAUACCACACUAUUUAAAAGGCCAUUAUCUAUAUUAAUAGAUAGACCAGUUGUUCGUUGUUUCAAGUAGCGCUGUCAUGGUGCUAUGGAGCGAUCGAAAGCCGGAUUGAUAAGUAUUCAAGAGUUUGUUUUUAUCUAGGUAAUCGUAGAGUUGUUGAUAGAUAAUUUUCUUGAAUAGCUUUGAGACAAUUGGCAAUACAGAAACCUGGACCUGACACUGGGUCAUUUAUGGCUCAGUCAAUUCCCAGCAUGCCCAUCCCCCUGGGCAUUUGAUGGCAUUUGUCAUUUUGUUCUGGAAAAGCUGCAAAUGCCCCACGGUGGGGCUUAAAAGUAGGGUGCAAAUGCCACACCCAGGGACAACACCAAAAUUGAAUUUUCCAGUAAAUAAGCUGCAAAUACCAUAUUUAUGGGAAAUUUCUAAAACUCUGAUCAAAACGCAUGAAGCGCCUUAUGCAAGUUGCUCCUAGCCACUGGAUAUAUUUAUUGCAAAAAAGAUGACAUCCAUCUGAUUAAUAUCAAUAACAGAACUAUAAACUAGAAUUUUACAUAAUACCUUUCUUUUUUUCAAAGACGUUUAACAAAGUGAAUGAUGAGCUUAACAUGAGUAUUUUCUCAUCAAGAUGGAACUGUUUCGUCAGUGUAUUGUCGCAUUGAUCACUCAAUACAGGAAAUUUAUAUCUCGCAAAGUUUUUCUAGGCCUUUCUGCCUCAACCAUUCAUGCACAAAAAAAUGUCUUUUCCUUUAAACUCUUCAAACGAUACAUUGAUCAUUUUUCCUUCAUGUGACAACUGAUCACGAUGGCGGUAAGUAAUUUCUUAGAUGGAUGCAAAAAUAUUGUGGGAUAGGGAACUGAUGGAGGGAAAACCAUGCAGAUCUCUUUAAAGCAUAACUAUUAAAAAUAUUCUUUAUAGAAAUAUCUAAAGCUAUCUAAAUAGGCAUAUUUUUAAGUAAAAUAUUGAAGAAGGAACGAGGUUAACUCCUAGAAGAAUUGACAAAUGCCCCACCCUUGGGCAGAGGUUUUCUGACAAAUUCCCCACUGCCAGGACUGGCAAGAUGACAAAUGUCCAACAAAUGCUCAAGCAGGGGGGUUGAGCAUGCUUUGAAUUGACUGAGCCAUAAUUACCUGUGAGGAGGGGAGGGGAGCUGCCAUUUUGAGAAAACUUAGGAGAGUUUCAAACCGACCCCUUGACUUUUAAGAAAUGAUUCCCCAUGAAUUGUAACUUAUGAAGAUGUAUAAGUCCAGUGCUUAUAAGGGUUAGCUUACACUAUUUUAUUAUCAGGUUCCUCCAGGGUGUAAGAAGCUACAUCAUGAAGUAGAACUUGGUGUUGUGAUUGGUAAAACAGCCACAUCUGUUUCUGAAUCAGAUGCAAUGGAUCAUGUGGGAGGAUAUGCACUUGCUCUUGACAUGACUGCUAGAGAUAUUCAAGAUGCUGCCAAGAAACUUGGCUGGCCAUGGACAUUUGCUAAAGGAUUUGAUACUGCAUUACCCAUCAGUGAUUUCAUCCCAAAGGCAGAGAUAUUGAAUCCUGAUAAUGUUCAUUUGUGGCUGAAAGUUGAUGGCGAAUUAAGACAGGAUGGCAAUACGCAGGAUUUCAUCUUCAAGAUCCCUCAGUUAAUAAGUUACAUCAGUCAGAGCAUCACACUAGAAGAAGGAGACCUUAUUUUGACGGGAACCCCAGAAGGUGUUUCACCAGUCGAGCCUGGUCAAACAAUAGUGUGUGGUCUAGCUGAUAAAAUUGAAAUGACAUUUCCUGUGAUAUAAUUGAUAAUAAUAAUUGUUAUCAACGAAGUGACCAACUGCAGACUAUGCUUUUGAGUGGAAAAAUCUUUUAUUUUGCAUUUUGGCUACAAGUACUGUGGAAUUCCAAUUUAUGGACACCCGACUUUAUACAGACACCUCAUUAUUACAGACAGUUUUCUUUGUCCUUGGGGAAAGCCCUUAAAUCUUUUUGAUUAACCCACUUAAUUUGGACCCCCAUUUCUGAUUUCCCAGCUGUUAUCGUUUAAAUUUGCUUCCAAGAAUUUCAGUGUGUAAUAAGAGAUAUUAUUCAUUGUGGUAUGUGUAUGAUAGGCUUGUUUAUGGUUUCCCUUUUAUAGCAUAGUCACUUUAUUGAUGACAGUAUUUUGAUACUGAUCAGUGACUGUGUUCAGUUUGAUGGAAGGCAUCAAGUUUCCAGCCAACUAGUACCACAUUAGGCUACUGACAGAACAGCUUCUUGCACUAACAAUGCCAACAAUGCUUUGGAUUGAAACCCACCAACCAUGAGUGAGAUUCAUAAUGCACCAAACAAAAGCAAUCAUGGUGUUACAAAAGGUUUUAAUGAGUAAAUCAACACCACUGUCUGAUGAAGACCAACUGUGCAUGGUCUAAAAUUAUGUGACUUCAAUACAAAGGGACUAUCAUGAAUCAUCAUGAACAAGCCUAUCACAAAUUUCCGUUAAACCAUACAAUAGUUAAAUUUGAAAAUUAGAUGAGACUUACCUGGAAGCCAAAGUUUGAUUGUGGUUAUUCUAUGUUAUUCUUACUUCCAGGUAAGUCAAAGUUUGAUUGUAAUAAAUUAUUCUACCCCAUCUUAGGCACAAAGGAUUACACAAGAAUAUUGCUUUUCUCCACAACCAGGAGAGCAGUAAGUUGCUUCUACAAACAGGAACAGCGGGUAGUUAAAGUUUACAAGUUGUAUAGUUGAAGUGUACCUCUUACUUGAGAACAUAAUUCAAACCAGGACACGGGGAAGGGAUACUGAACACAGUUGUAAACAGGGAG